UUUAUAUAUUUAUAACUUUUAUACGAUGAUAAUAUGACAAUGAUUCUUUUUUACUUGCUUGUUUACACUGUUUUUUCAAUGAUUUAAGAGGCAAGUAUGGUUGGAGAUGUCAAUAAUCUAUUCACGUCACGAUGAACAAAGAUAAUUUCAACAUCGAGGACGCAUUUGAAUCAGAUGAAGAUGAAAAGAUUCGAGUUUAUGGUUCCACAAAACAGACACCGAUUAAAGGUCCCAAACACAGAGAAAAAAUUAGCUCUACUUCCGAUGAGAUACCCUUGACGGAAUGCCAGUAUGAUGGUCAGGGAUACAGUGAACAGCAGCUGAUGGGGAGCAGCCAGACGCAAGGCCAUCCACUGGUGGGGGCAUCUGCAAUCUCUGAUCAGAGUGGAUGGUCAGGAGAGACUGUCGUAUCCUCCAAAUCUGCCAAGGAUCCACGAUGGUGGAGACAUCCAAAAAUCAAAGAGAACUACAGGACAGUGUGUGGAGCUGUUUCAUUGACCGUUGUGGGAACAGCAUUGUUCUUGGUUGGCAUUGGGAUAGUGGCUUCACCAGAUCGAGGUCUGCACUGCUUGGUGUUCUUUAUUGGGGGAGCACUGUGUCUUAUUCCAGGAGUGUACCACGUGGUGUAUAUUGUUCUAGCAAUAAAUGGGGUCGGUGGAUAUAAUUUAUAUAACCUUCCAGUGUUCAACACAUAACAAAUACUUGACAGACCUGUAUACAUUGUCAUAUAUAUGUGGAGAAGUUGCAGUACCAAGAAAAUUUCUGUAGUAAUAGAUAUGGUAUGGAAGAUGAAGAAUUGUAUGUUAUUUAAAAGCCCAUUCUUUUCACCAUGACCUGGAUAUCUGUGUUCAGUUUACUUUGCAUUGUUAUUUAUUUUUGCUCAGUAUGAAAAAGGUUGUUAUCAUUUCCCUGAUAUUUAGUUAUUUUUACUCUAUCAUUGUAAUAUUUAUUGUUUAUUGUUUAUUUUUUUUUUUGAUUUUUUUUUUUGGUCAUAGUUAUUGAUAUUUUAUACAUUAUAUAUAUAAAUUAGUGAGAAAUCGUGUGUGCUGGAGUAUGGUGUUCAGUUAAUAUGCAAUUUUGGUAUAUCUGUUUCUAUAACUCUAUCAAAUCACCAAUGAUAUGAUUGUGUUUAACAUACAGACACCCAGUUUUAUUUUUCAUGCCAUUUUGCAGCUAUUGCGCACAUUGAUAUUAAUUUCAGUACAUUUUUUGUGACAAUUUUAUUCAUAUUUUGCCAUAUGCAUUACAAAUGUUUGAAACACAUUAAUGUUAGGUGUGAUGUAUGAAUUAUUCGUUUUCCUCUAAUGACAAAUAAACUACUGUUUUAGAAAAAUAUCCAUUGAAGGGUAAUUUUUCUUGUACAUUCAGAUCUAGAUAUACAUUGUGGUAUGCUAAAAACGGUAAAUUUGAUGCUGCAAAACAUCUCCGAAAGUUAAGCUAAGAGAGAGAGAGAGAGAGUCAAAUGUAAAUGUAUACACUAUCCAAGAGAGAGAGAAAGAGAGAGAGAGAGAGAGUCAAAUGUAAAUGUAUACUAUCCAAGAGAGAGAGAGAGUCAAAUGUAAAUGUAUACUGUCCAAAAUAUCUUUGGUUCAUUGCUUAAUUAUGAAAUCAUAUCUUUUAUUAGAAUUAAAUACACAUGCUCUUGAUUGUCAUAAUGGGCAUAAUAGUUAAUUUGCAUCUUCAUUCAGUUUUACAAAGGUUGUGCAAUUUAUUCAAAUUCCUGAGUUGUUUGACGAACUUGUUAAGAUUAUAUAUAUAUAUAUAUAUUAUAGCACAUAAAUAGCAAUGAACUCUUAAAUGAACAUAACUGCCCUAAGUGAAGAAGUAUUUAAUAUAAAGCACAGAAAAUUUCACUUUAUAUCCAUUCUCAAUGACCGUGUAGCGUGUGACAGCGUGGCGAGAAUGCCAUCGUCAUCGAAAGCAAGUUUCUUGAUUUACCUAGAUGGUCGAGUGGUCUAGCGCGCUGGUUAAAUGCAGCUAGGAGAUUUGGUUCCGCAGGUAGUGAGUUCAACCCCGGGUAAGGGUCGGAAGUGGGUAUCCAAAUAAAGUGAAAUUUUCUGUGCUUUAUAUAUAUAUACACACACUGGGAGGUAAGAUUUUACAGUUAUAGUAAACUAUAGAUUGACCGGUAUAAUUACUGAACUUUUUGAUAAAAUGGAAAGAAUAUAUAACGAUAUUAGUUUAAUAACAAACAAAUUUUAUUGCUAAAGAAGAAUGGUACAGGCAAAUGGAAUAGUUCCUGUCAGCAUGGGGGAUAAAUAUACCACGUAAAGGUAAACUGUUCAUUAAACCUCAAAAGAUAGUUAAGGUAUCUCUACGUGAAAUUAGAGGUAUAUUAGGAUAGAUACUCCCGUGCGUUGAAUUGUAAUUAGGUUGUAAAUAUUUCGAGUAUAACAAAAUAGGUAGAAAAUUCCUCAGAAAUGUGUACUUUUUUCAAUUUAGCACAGGGACAGAAUUGGUGCAAAUGAGAAUUGUACCUUUAAAAAUUUACAUUUUGUUAAUUAGAUUUUAUUUGCAAUAUUCGUGCGCGUGUAUAGGUACGCAAUCUUCUUAACAAUACGGUCAGAAAAUUGAAUGUGGUUUUAAAAUAUUGUGAGCUUGUAUAUUCUAGUACAUCACAUACAAAUUGCAACACAUCCUUUACUGAAGGAAUAAUGUAUAUACCUACGUACGUACCUUUGAAAGAUGGUAAUACAUUCAUAUACCAACGUACGUACCUUUGUAAGAUGGUAAUACAUUCAUAUACCUACGUACGUACCUUUGUAAGAUGGAAAUACAGGUAAGUACUUCGUUACUAGCUUGAAAAUACGAAUGUAUAUUUAAUUGCUGUUAAAAUUUUUAGAAAUUCAUUUCCAAAUUAAGGAUUAUCUCCCUCACGCAUAGCUCUUAUCCUUAGGCGAAUUUGACUCCACUUUUUUGGCACACAUUUUUUCCCUAAAAUAGCUCUAAAACUUCAUUGUUAUUUCGGAUUUCAAACAUUUCGGUUGAGCAUCACUGAAGAGAUAUUAUUUGUCGAAAUGCACAUCUGGUGCAUCAAAAUUGGUACCGUAUAAGUUUUACAUUCAUAUAACAAUGUACGUACCUUUGUAAGAUGAUAAUAGGCGGGAACAGAUUUCUGUUGAAUCAUUUCUAUGAUUGCCAAUUUCUGUAGUAUAGGUUGAUACCCACUCUUUGGUUAUCAUUAAAAAUAGUGCUAUGUAAGUGAUAUAUUAUGUAUUGAACUUGUGUUUAUCGUUUUGACUUCAUGCACUUGUUAAAUGCGUUUAGAAAAAAUAUGUACAUUGACAUUGAUGUACAUUCUCAAUAAAAUAAUUUAUAUGACGAGUACUUUCAUUCUUCGUUUCUGUUGGAUGAUUAUAGUUUCGUUAACAAAUGUACAAGAAUGUAAUACUAUGCAAAGUGAUGUAAUUAAAGUACUUUUUGGGGGGAGGGGGACCCACAGUGGUUACAUAUACUAAUAUUUGAGAAGAAUAUGAAAUCAUCAUUGUUUAUAGGGUAUCGAUAUUCGUGGAUUUCAUGGUUCAGUUUUGCCCACGAAUUUACAUCCCCACAAACAUUGAUGCACAAUUUUAAGUUACUUUUUCAAAGCUAGAAAUUUUUAUUUUCCGAGGUGAUUAGGUUAAUUGACAUGAUUAAUGUUAUACACCAUUGUUUUAUUAUGACAAUAAUUGUGUUUUCUAUUUCAGAAAAAAAAAACUAGGUACUUUUUUAAGUUAAUCAUUAUCAUAACAUAUACAUGUACCCUUUGAAUACAGGUGAUGCCAUCUUAUGAUAGCGCUGUCACAAUUAUAAUCAAAUCACCGCCCCGACAGGGAGCACCAUUAAUUUUGUCAGUUUUACGGACAAGUCCCGCGAUUGUCAAUUAACCAGUAAGCGUGGAUUGGUUUUGGGGUUGGUGUUGCCCACGAAAUGACGUCUUCACGAGCCAGUUAAAUUUUGGUUACCCACGAACAUUGAAUAAUGAUGUUUCCACUGUAUCGGGCAAUACUUUUCUCUCUAGUCUGCAGGAAAGAAAGAUUCCUUUUCUAUUGUAAUGUUCUGUUAUUAGUGCUUUUGACAACAAUUUUCAUUGGAAUUGAUAUGCAAUAUCGUUGAUUGUUGAUAUCUUGUUUGAAGUCGAACCAUUUGUCAAUUUUUUCUGUCAAAUUCUUUAAAGUUUUUAAUGGAUGUCAAAUAUAUCUGAUUAUUUUCAAACUUCAUUCAUUAAACAAUGUGCUGUAGAAAUGCCAUUGAAAUACGUUCUGUCAGAAAAAUGCCUGUUUAGAAAUAUUAAACGAAUUUGUGCACUU